GUCAUGGCCAUGGGACGGUCGUGGGCGCUGCGCUUCUGCCAGGAGAUGAUGGCGGCAUCGGUUCAGAAGGUGGGCACUCCGAAGGUGGGCACUCCCACCAGCCAAUGCUUCAGAGACAAGGGGCCGGCUCCCGACCUGACUGACGCGCAGGUGGCAGCGGCCGUCUAUGUUGACAGCGCUGCUAUCACUAGCACUGACGAGAAGCGUGUCACAGCCACGGCAGACGCGGUGUUCAGGCAGUUGGAGGCCGACGGGUCAGACUGCAAGACGAUUGAGCACGGCCCCGACCUCGCGCACUUCACUGGCCUGGACUUGCAUCGCGCCUCUGGCCGCAUAUCUGUGGGUCACUCGAGGUGUUGGAAGGUCAGGCUCGCCUUGUCUCACGUCUCGGCGGUAGGGCGCGCUAGCGGCCCUGAGAUACAUUCGCUCCUGUGGCAUUGUACCUGGUCGGCUAUCCUCCGGCGGUGCGUGCCCUCGCUGCCGCGUGCGUGCUACCGCUUCGUGGACAUGGCGGGUCUGGGCCGGGUGCCGCUCUGCGCCCCUGGUCUGGCUAAUUACAUGACCACGACCGACUCCGAGGGCGCCAACCUGAUCGACAACGGGGGCUUCGGCGUCGUUCGGAAGUUCCUGGGCGCGGAGCAGGCUCGCGCGGCGGCGUUGGCCGCCGCUGCCAGCCCCGGUGCUACGGCGGCAGGCGCCGACGCAGAGGCCACCGCCUCCUCGGACUUGGGCGUCACCUUCAACCACCUCGACCGCAGCGUCAUCGGCGACUUCAGCAGCUGGCAGCUGCGGGUCAACCCCGCCGAUGGGCCAUCCCGGCUCAAGGGGCCCGUGGCGCGGAGCGGUGGCGCCGGCCCCCGCGAUGCCCGCGCUGUCGAGGCCCUUGCGCGCGACGAGCUCAGGAGCGGUGGUGCCACUGGAGCGGCCGCGGCCAGCUGGUGGGCGCCUCCUGCGCCGCUCGUCAUCACAGGUGCCGACGGCACCAUCGGCGACUGGCGUUCUGCGGCGAGCUCCGCCGACUCCAGCAGCUCCUCCGACAGCGAGGGAGCCUGUUCUGAGGCGGUAGCCUCGGCGCUGCCCAGCGCGCAGCAGCGACGGGCCCGCGCUCGACGGCGCGUCGAGGUUCAUCGGGCCCACGCUUCGUCGCGCAGGGACCUGGGCGCCUACUUCCUGGAGGUCAACCGGGUGGCUCGCAACUCGGCGACGCUGCGCGAUCGGUGCUUCUCCGACUUCCGCAAGUGGGCGGCCCUGGCAGGGAUGCCGCUGUCAACGCCUGCCGAGAUCGACUUCGCACUCGUGGGGCACCUCGAGGACCUGUACUUUAGCGGGUUCAACCACGACGCGGGCAAGAAGGUGGUGACGAGCGUGGAGUUCCGCAUCCCCGAGCUGAAGAUCCCAGGGCGCACCGUGCUUCCACGGGCAAAGGAUGCUAUGCGGGGCUUUCGCCGCCUGGCGCCAGGACGUACCUUCACCCCACCGAGUGCUGGUGGGCAGGCCGUCCCGCCGCACCCUGGCACGGACGCCGCGUCAUGGGCGCUACUGCUGGCGCCGGCGGAGCUGUCGGUGGCAUCGAAGACUCACGAGUUCGACGAGAGCCUGCUGCUCGACAACGUGGAGUUCUGCCCCCUCCAGGACUUCUUCCACCGUGCGAAGGCAGCGCCGCGGACGCGGCCCCUGUGGUCCUUCGACUCUGUGACCUUCUCCAGGAACUUUGCCCAGUUGGUGGAGCUUGCCGACCUGUCGAACCUGCGCCCUCACCCUUGCAUGCCCAGGCGCGGGGGGGCGUCGGACGACGCCCUUCGGAACGCCGGGGCCCUGGAGGAAAUGAAGAGGGGCAGGUGGCGAGCAGACUCGUCAGUUCGACGCUACGAGAAGCCCGCGCGCGCCCUGAAGCAGGCCGACAACAUGACGGUCGCCGCCCGCGAGCACGGGCUGCUGGUGGGAAAUCGCCUGCUGGAGAUCCCGGCGGGACUUCGGGCUUGCCCGCAGCCGCCCAACACGAGAGCCGUGCAGCUGACCCAG